AUGUCAAUAUCUACAAACUCAGAUGGAAAUUCCUUUGUUCGAACUUUGAGCAACGUUAGCAGAACAAGCGCCAGCUCUCGUACUACUGUCGACAGCGUUAUUGUUCCAAAAAGAAUGCCAGAGUAUCAUUAUUAUCGAACCCUAUGGUGGAAAGAAGGAGAUUUCAAUCCAAAGGCAAAUUGGGAAGAAGCAACACUUCCAUAUAAACUUGCGGUUGGUGUCACCUUGGAAGAAUAUGAAAAGCGGACGGGCGAGUUUAACAUCCGUGGAUAUUGGGAAUGGAUCAACGGCGAUGUUAUAAUUUAUGAAUUGCCUUCAGAACCACAUGAAGUUGGCAUCGGUGUCAUUUCCGAAGAAAUAAUGGAUGCCUGUAGAAAUGUUAAAUGGACUCCUGCUCAGAUUUAUGCUUUUGGAUCAACUCGGACCUAUGCUGACGGUUCUGCAAAAGAGGCCGACAAUUCAUUUCGUCCGGAAAAACCAGAAGUACCAUAUCCCAACGGGAUUGAUAAGAAGACUCGCCCAUGGCCAAAUCUGGUUAUCGAAGUUGCAUAUUCCGAGACAAUAGCUCACGUUACAGACAAGGUGAAGAACUACUGGCUAAAGCCUGGUCAUGCCUAUGAUGCCAUUGUUGUAAAAAUUGACCCAGUUCCUGAUGGUCAAGUACCUAAUCGUAUGAUAGCGUGGCAUUAUUGCAUCCUGGAUAGAAGAACUAGAUCUAUGUUUCCAGCAAGAACUACGUUUGAAUUCGGCACAACUGACGGGAAUGGAGCUCCUUUGGUUUUUCUGCAAGGUGCACGUGUGAUAAACAUUGCAUUGAGUUGUUUAUACCACGAUGUACAUCCUUCUAUCGCGAUUCCUCAGGGUCUAGUUCCUGAUCCUAUCACAAUCGAUUUCUUUUUAAUUCGAAACGCAAUCAUCCGAGCACUUACGCCACGAGUAUAA